ACCCACAGACUCUUCUGAUUUGAAUACUGAGCAACGGCGGUAGACAGACAUAUAAGAGGAGUGAAAGGAGGGAGGAGAACAGACGGACAUGAAGCUGUGACAGCAUGAACGUGUACCUGCAAACCCCUCCCAUCGCCCUCAGCAACAACACUUCGACGGCAUCGGAGCUGCUGACGGUGUGUGUCCACAACGACGAUGAGUUCAAGUUCCGCGCCUACAAAGUCACCUACCUGCUGCUGUUUCCGGUGGCGUUCCUCUGCAACGUGGGAGCGCUGGUGGUCUUCUUCCAGCAGACCAACCGCAGAAGCUCCGCCUCCUGUGUGGUCAUGAUGAACCUCGCCCUAUCAGACGGCAGCUUCGCCCUCACCCUCCCGCUGCGAUUGGCUUAUUACUUCAAGGGCGGGGUGUGGGACUUCCCUGAUUGGCUGUGCCGCUUGUGCGUCUACGGCUUCUACGUCAACCUGUACACAAGCAUCCUCUUCCUCACUCUGCUGAGCAUGCUCCGUUGGCUCGCCGUGGCCAAGCCCCUCCGUCACCUCUCUGUGGCCACGCCCACCCGCACCUUAUUGGUCUGUUUGGGAAUCUGGUUGUUUGUGGGCGUGUCCUCCGCCCCCUUUCUGUCCAAUGGGGUGACAAACAGGUCGGGGUUUCCUCGCUGCUUCGAGCCGUCUAGCCCCUCUUCUUGGGGGCGUGUCCUCAUCUUAAACUACUUGGCAGUGGCUCUCGGUUUCCUCUUUCCCUUCCUCACCAUCAUCUUUUGCUACAGCAGUAUCGUGCGUCAACUGAUGUCCAACACCGGCCCCCAGGGCAGCAGCCUGUCCAGCAAAGCUCGACGUCGCAACAGACGCCGCUCGGUGCGCCUGGUCACCAUGGUGACUGCAACCUUCUUGCUCUGCUUUCUGCCCUAUCAUGUGAUUCGUUCGAUACACCUGCACGCCGUGUGCGGCGGUUGGGACUGUCGCAUCACGGUGGCACUCCAGCGGGCGGUGGUGGUGACGCUGUGCCUGGCGGCGUCCAACAGCGUGGUCAACCCGCUGCUUUAUUACUACUCCACCAGGACGUUCAGGGACAACAUGAGGGACGCUCAGUCCUCGUUCAUGAACAGCAGGGGGGGGUCCUUCAGGUCUGGACUGGCCCUGUUGAGAAGGAGAAACACCACGUGAAAGAAAUCUGCUGCUGGAACAGUCAAGAAAAAACUUUUAUUUCCUAAAAUCUUCUGCUUCACUUCAAUGGAAAACGUCACAACAUCCAAGAUCUUUAAAAACGUGUGUUAGCAAUGUAUUAUACUUUAUUUAUUUUUAUUAAAAUAUAUUUUUGUAGCACUCUAAUGAAGAAUUAUGACGUCACUGUUCAUAACAUAGAAGAAGAAAACGUGUGGUGACAGCAUGAGACUGACAUCUCUGAUUUCUAAUUGUGACAUUGAUGUGCAUGUGGUUUUUCAACAAUGCAAUGUUUAGCAGGAGUGGAGACGAUUCUCACAUAUGUUUGAGGAGGGUCCAGGUGUCAUUAAGGGUCCAGGUGUCAUUUAGAAACAUCUAGAUGUAGUUGAGGAGGGUCCAGGUGUCAUUUAGGAACGUCCGGAUGUAGUCGAGGAGGGUCCAGGUAUCAUUAAGGGUCCAGGUGUCGUUUAGGAACAUCCAGAUGUAGUUGAGGAGGGUCCAGGUGUCAUUAAGGGUCCAGGUGUCAUUGAGGAAUGUCCAGAUGUAGUCAAGGAGGGUCCAGGUGUCAUUUAGGAACAUCCAGAUGUAGUUGAGGAGGGUCCAAGUAUCAUUGAGGAGGGUCCAGGUGUUGUUUAGGAACAUCCAGAUGUAGUUGAGGAGGGUCUAGGUGUUGUUUAGGAACAUCCAGAUGUAGUUGAGGAGGGUCCAAGUAUCAUUGAGGAGGGUCCAGGUGUUGUUUAGGAACAUCCAGAUGUAGUUGAGGAGGGUCCAGGUGUCAUUAAGGGUCCAGGUGUCAUUUAGGAACAUCCAGAUGUAGUCGAGGAGGGUCUAGGUGUUGUUUAGGAACAUCCAGAUGUAGUUGAGGAGGGUCCAGGUAUCAUGAAGGGUCCAGGUGUUGUUUAGGAACAUCCAGAUGUAGUUGAGGAGGGUCCAGGUAUCAUUAAGGGUCCAAGUGUUGUUUAGGAACAUCCAGAUGUAGUUGAAGAGGGUCCAGGUAUCGUUGAGGAGGGUCCGGGUGUUGUUUAGGAACAUCCAGAUGUAGUUGAGGAGGGUCUAGGUGUUGUUUAGGAACAUCCAGAUGUAGUUGAGGAGGGUCCAGGUACCAUUGAGGAGGGUCCGGGUGUUAUUUAGGAACAUCCAGAUGUAGUUGAGGAGGGCCCAGGUAUCGUUGAGGAGGGUCCGGGUGUUGUUUAGGAACAUCCAGAUGUAGUUUAGGAGGGUCCAGGUAUCAUUAAGGCCUGUUGAGGUGUCAUUGAUGAAGGUCCAGGUGUCAUUGAGGAGUGUCAAGAUGUUGUUGAGGAAGGUAUUAUUAUGACACUGUGAUGGUGUGUAGUGUAGAACUUGGACACACAAAUGGCGCCCUCUUCAGGUUUUGUGCCAAAAAGCUCAUUGUCAGAUUUGCUUGAACGCAACUGACUGGAAGUGUAAGUCUGUUGACAUUCUUCAUGUGCAGAGUCAAACCAACAAUGAUCUAUUAACAAGUAUUGUCUGAUUUUAUUCUUGUGUGUCACAGAGCUUCACUGUUAUCCAAAUAACACAUCAAGAAGGAGGAAGACAUUGAGAGAUGGACUAACACAUUGUUGGUUUGGGUGCGCGCAUGAGAUACGUGUGUUUGUGUGGUUGUAAAUUAUUUUUUUUUAUUAAAUAUUGAACAUGUAAUGUGAGUUCAGGGGAAGACUCUUUGUUUACAUGUGUGGUUAUUCUAUAACAAUCUGGGAAUGUCCUUGUUAUAACAGUCCCACAGGGAGAAUCUCCUGUCACACUGCAUGUUUCUGCAUAUUUUCAUAGGUCAUUUUUAGAAAACUUCUGUGGUAUCUGGAUCUUUUUUUGUCUUAAAGUUGAAAUGAGCUAGUGUAUAAAUCACAAGACAUGGGCCACAUCUCAAUUCCAUUUAUUACAUCUAGUAAGACAAGUAAGUCGCAAUCAAGAAGAGGGAUUGAGGAAACACGUUUUAUAUAGAAAUGAGACACCCUUUCCUCAGAACUAUUAUCUGAGGAGAUGUCAGUUUCCGAUGAAAGAUGUUUAAUGUUUCCUUCAUCAAUCAGACCUAUAAAUAAAACAAAUUAACUAGACUGGGAAUCAGAAAACAACUAAACUUGGUAGUGGUUACACUGGAGUUGGAGUUAUUUGUCCUGGUGUUGUAUCAAAGUCUAUUUCCUUGUCGAAAUGUGUUUCCCCUAACCUUAACCUACACCCAACCUUAUCCCUAACCCCAACCAGUUACCUCUGUUACGCUUAACCAUAACCAAACCUCAUCCCUAACCCCAACUGUGGGGGUGGUGCUACAGGAAACUCAGUUUUAAAGGGAGGGAAACACUAUUCAAGGGGGGAACAGACUUCGAUUCAAGAUCUGUUUGAAACUGCGUUGAUGAAAUGUCAGAUCAGUCCUAUCAGCUGCAGUUCCCAGUAACUACAGAUUUCUAAUAAAGGGGUGUAUUGGUUUGAUAAAAAGACCAGUGACGGAUGGUCUCUUGUAUCCUCGCUCAAGCCUCCUCAUUCCUCCGAACAGCAAUAACUGAGUGAGUGAGCACGAGAGGUGGAAGCAUCUCAAAGCAUAACCGAGGAGGAUCUGUUUGACAGAUGGGAGACAAACCAGUCCAGAGCCAACAGUCUUCCAGACGGCUGAUUCAGACAUUGUGGUCCACUCUGUCAAAGGCUGAGCUGAGGUCAAGAAAAAUGUCUUUGGCAGAGCAGUAAGUCCUUAGAGACUUAACCAGAGCAGAAACUGGAUUGAAAUUUGGUUCCUUGGGCUCCAACAAUUUCUUGUUUGUGCCAAGUUCACAUGGGCUGAACCCAGCUGAUUUGUUGACUGAAUCUUGGAUGGCAAAUACAUACAAAAUGACAUCCCAGUCUGCACCAGUUGUGGAAGAAGUCUUGAGGCCCGAA